CCGCGCGCGGCGUACGUGCACCUGCCGUUCUGCCGCUCGAGGUGCUACUACUGCGACUUCGCGAUCUCGGUCGUCGGACGCGCGGGCGAGACGCGGCCGGACGUCGACGCGGCGAUGCGGCGGUACGGCGCGGCGACGCGCGCGGAGGUCGCGGCGACGGCGCGCGCGAUGCGAGCGAACGGCGCGCUCGACGCGAGCGCGCCGCUGGAGACGGUGUUCUUCGGCGGUGGGACGCCGUCGUUGAUGCCCGCGGACGAGAUCAAGGCGAUUCUGGGAAGCCUGCGGGAGGCGUUCGGGCUGGCGGCGGACGCCGAGGUGAGCGCGGAGAUGGAUCCGGGGACGUUCGACGAGGAAAAGUUGAGGGCGUUUCUCGCGGCGGGGGUGAACCGCGUGUCGCUGGGGGUGCAGAGUUUCGACGAUGGAGUGCUGCAACGCGCGGGACGGUCGCACGACGCGCGAGCGGCGGAGGAGGCGAUCGAUACGCUUCGGCGGUGCGGGGUGCCGAGAUGGAGCGCGGAUUUGAUCAGCGGCUUACCGGGCGUGGACGCGAAGACGUGGAGGACGUCGCUCGAGCGCGUGAUCGAGGCGGGGGCCGAUCACGUCUCGGUGUAUGAUUUACAAGUAGAGCGAGGGACGGCGUUUUAUCGAUGGUACGGGGAAAACGCGGGGAAAGACAAAAAGGAGGGGUUACCGAGCGAAGACGCGAGCGCGGCGAUGUUUCGAGACGCGAGCGCGACGCUGGGGGCGGCUGGGUACGAGCACUACGAGGUGAGCUCGUACGCGAAACCCGGCGCGCGGUGUAAACAUAAUCAAAUUUAUUGGGAAAACGCGGGAUGGUACGGAUUCGGGUUGAGCGCGACGUCGCACGUGAACGGCGAACGCGUCGCUCGCCCGCGCAAGAUGAACGAGUACUACGCCUACGUCGAGGCGCUCGAACGCGGCGAAAACGUAGGCACGGUUUCUAGCGGCGGCGAUGGCUCGGAUGCGCUGUUCGAGCACAUCAUGUUGCGUCUACGAACGAGCGAUGGGCUUGAUCUCGGAAACGUCUCCCGCCGAUUCGGCGACCACGUCGUCGAAGAGAUUCGCGAGGCGAUGGAACCUUUCGUACCAGAGUUCGUAGAUUACACCGUCGCCGCUGAUAGCUCGCCCGCGGCGCUGCGCUUGACCGAUCCGGAGGGCUUCCUCGUCAGCACCGCAGUGCUUUCGACGUUGAUUUCGAAGAUG